AUGCUGACAUCAACGGAAAUUCCAUUAUAUCGUGUACAAGGCACCCAUUAUGAAUGCGGUCGUACUAUCGGUAAUCUUUGUCGUGAACGAAUUCUCCGACGUAUUGCUAACGAUCUACCGUUAUUGACACCGUUAUUUGAUUUUGCUCAAACAGAACAAGGCCUAGAACUUUUUAAUGGUUUUACUGAACCUAUUCGUUUAACUUUUCCUUGGUAUUGGGAUGAAUUAUGCGGUUUGGUUGAAGGUUCUGGAGUACCGUUAGAAAAAUUGUUGGUACUCAAUUUUGAAAAAGAAACCCGAAUGGUCUUUCAUCUAUUUGAAGAAACAAACACAUGUGGCAAACAAGUCGAAGAUGAAAACGGAGCACAUGACUGUACUACGGUGUUGAUCAAUAGACCAGAUACAGAUGCAAUCGAAAUUUUGCAUAACGAAGACAGUUCAAUAGCUCUAUACCAUACUGCAUAUUUAAUCGAGGCUAAUAUCAAGUCAGUUGCUUAUAACGAUCACCAACGGCAAAGUCCGAACGAAAAAUUUAUUGCAUUUUGUUAUGCUGGCGUAAUUCCAGACACGUAUCUGGUCGCCAAGAACUAUCUUGUUCAUUACAACCACUAUCAACGACUUCAUGAACUUGUUGUGGAACGUCAACCAUUGUCUUUGACUCGAGCUCGUGAACAACGGGGUCUUGAACUUGGCGAAAUUCAUAAUGUCAACGAUGCUCUUGUAUUAUUAGGUGAUCAAACCGAUGAAAACUAUCCCAUUUUUUGUGUUCCCACCAAGACGGAUUUGAAUUUGGCUACAUUGUGUACAAUUCGUUUCAAGUUUCUUACACAUCAAUUGAUCAUCUACCGUUCUAAUCCGAAUGAGAAUAGGGAUCCGCUACUCACCUACAAUCUAGCUGAAUUAUGGAACUCUGAAGACAAUAAUAAUUGA